AUGGCUCCCUCCUUCCUUCUAACUGUUUUCAUUCUCUUUCCUUUAGCCAUUGCCGACAAAUCCCCGCCCCUUCCCUCCUUCAAAAGGAUCUACCAGUUUGGCGAUUCCCUUUCCGACACCGGAAACUUACUCCGCCUUCCCGGGGGACGUAUGUUUUACCCCGCCGAUCGCCUUCCUUACGGGGAAACCUACUUCGGUAAAGGCACAGGCCGGUUCUCCGACGGUCGCCUGAUCGUCGAUUUCAUCGCUGCCGCUCUCGAUCUCCCGUUCGUUGACGCUUACCUGAACGCCAACGGUUCGUUCGCUCACGGCGUUAAUUUUGCCGUCGCCGGAGCAACGGCGGUCGACGAGGAUUUUUUUACAGAGAGGAACAUUAGCACCUCCAAUUUCAAACCACCGAUCAGCAAACAAUUGGAGUGGUUCGAGACGCACAUCAACUCCUCCUCUACUUCGAAGAGCUUCGAGGAUUCGCUUUUCAUAUUCGGGGAAUUUGGCGGGAACGACUACUUCCCCUUCUUUCGCCAGGGAUGGAGCCUUGAGCAGGUUAGGGCUAACGUACCUUACGUCGUCGCCGCGAUAAUUCACGGAAUUAAACGGAUCGUCCAGCUCGGAGCAAAGCGGAUCCUGGUUCCCGGCCCGUUCCCGUUCGGAUGCCUGCCGUCUCAACUCGCAGCUUCCAACAACGCCUCCGACGCGUCCGCUUACAACGCCUUAGGAUGCGUGAAAGCGUUCAACGACUUCAGUUCCUACCACAACGGCUUUCUAAGACGCGCUCUGUCUUCUCUCAAUCGAGAAGUCUCCGGCGACGGCGUUGUGAUCGUUUACGGCGACUACGAAGGCGCUUUCCUGGAAAUUCUGGAGAAACCCUCUUCAUAUGGAUUCGAUAAGGAGUGGUUGCACAAAGCCUGCUGCGGGGCGGGCGGGAAUUAUCAUUUCGACCAGACGAAACCUUGCGGGACCAAUGGCACUGACGUAUGCCCCAGCCCAGCCCACGCCAUGCAUUGGGACGGCGUUCAUCUCACCGAUGCAUCUUAUCAUCGUAUUUCUCAGAUCGUCAUUGAUCAAUCGAUCAGUCAGCUAAUCUAA